CUACUGUUGCAAGUAUCACUAAUUGGUUGGUGAAGUCAAAACAAUACUAAAUAUUAUUAUUAAUAACUAGACAAAAGACCCAGUACAUUACUUAUACACACACAAAAGGAUAAAGACUCCUUUAUAAUAACUAUAAGGUUACACACACCUCCAGUCUUGUAACUGUAUCUCUCUCUCCCUCCUAAUGUCUCCUUUGAACCUAUUGAUCAGUGUCCUCUCCAUUUACUGCUUCACUGUUUCUUACUGUGCUUCAGAUGGUGCUAAUGUUACCAUAGUGACAGAUCCUCCUGGUCCAACCUAUCCAGCUGGUACUUGGAUCAGAUUCAAAUGUACACUCAAUGAAGUUCGUCAAGAACCAGUACUCCAUGAGUGGUACAGAGGCUGUUCUGGUACCAGUAAUGAAAGUAUGGGAAUGGAUCAGUUAAUAUCCAGUGGUCUAUCAUCAGUACUUGAUGUACCAGUUCUAUCAACCCCUUCAUUCUGUUGGGACACUGUCCACUGUAAAAUAGUAUCUAAUAAUAAUAACAAUGUAACCAUUGGGACCGGAACCAAGUACUUUGGGAAUAUUACUGGUUAUGGAUUGACGUAUAAUCUCCACCCAUUAAUUAACAACAGUAUAAUUGAAAUCAAUGACUCAACUGGUGAAAUCGGGACUCUUGCAUGUCACGGGAAUAUCCUGAAAUAUCCUAACUCCUCGUCUUGGAUACUACAUGACGAAACGCAGCUAUCAGAAUCCACUGAUGAGAUUACUAUUACCAAAAGAGGCAGCUCAUCGAUUUUCUCUUACAUAUCAUUGUUCAUAAACCUCACUGGUGAUGAAUUGAGUAGAUUCACUGGACGAUAUUCUUGUAUAAUGGAGGCUGAUGGAGGAAACAGUUCAAUAUUGAGUGUAUGGAUAUUAAGACAAGGAACAACAGUCCCUCCAUCAAUAGCUACUCACCACACUACCUCUCAGCCUCCGUUAACAUUAACUUGUAUAUUUACCGGUUCCUAUGGUAAUGUUAUCUGGUACAGAGAAGAUCAACCUAUUCCUCCUGCUAAUACUAGUACUGACAUUAUAAUUGAGACUAAUCUGAUAGAUGGACCAUAUCCAACUUAUUAUACACAACUUCAGUUCACGGACACUGUAGGAGACUUGGGCCAAUACAGGGGAGAGUACUACUGUGGAUUUGAGUCAUUACUCAUUGAUGAACUACCUGUACAUAAUAGAUAUGAAGUACGUCAUCAUUUCAUUUUGGAGUUUGUUGGUAGGAAUCUGAUAGUACCAUGUCCAUUAUCUGGUACUAAUAUAACGACUGUUGGUGCUACAGUUGGACCUAUGGAGGGUGAGGAUCUCAUUUUCAUUCCUGAUGGGCAGUAUGAGAAUGAGGAGCUGAGGAUUGUACUGGAACCUCUCACUGACCUGAGGCAUACUCAUACUUUCAGUUGUCAUGGUUAUGGGAGUGAUGGGAUCAGAGUAUAUUUCAAUUUCACUAUUGUAGCAAUAGGUUAAUGUGGUCCAUCAGUUGUUGUAUGCCCUCAGUAAUACUAGCUACUCUAACAGUCAGAGACAAAGCUGUGCUGCUCUACAGGCACUAAUGAAUGAGCUGAUAUCAGUUAGAGAAUUGGUACAAGUUAUGAUUGGAGACACUUUAUUUGAGAAAAUAAUAAAAAGUUCUCCAGAUGCUAUACCUGAAGUAUUAUCACUUGAUGAUGUUGAUAUAUUACUAGCUUCAAGUAACUUUAAAGAAUAAACAAUAAAAUACCUUUCAUUUUUAUUACAGUGUAGAUCUAUAUGGAUGUAGAUGUAAUGGUAUCAUGCAUGUAUAAAAAUACCAUUUUGGCUGACCAACAUGGCUCAAAGUAAUUUAGGUAAUUACAUAUCAAGGAUUUAUAGAGCCGUAGCUAAGUUAGGACACCUCUAUAAUCAGGACAGGUAGUUACUAAGUAUCAGUCCCAAUACAAUAUACACAGCCAAGAAUGUUAAUUAGACCCUAUCUGAAUCAUGAAUGAUUUCAAUUAUGACCCAGCUUGAUGGAUUUUGGGCAGCUUGCAAUCAGUGUAGUAUAAUACAACCCUGUCCAUGAUGAUUACUGAGCCAUGCUGGAGACUGGAGUACGGUCCUGGUUCAGCCAGAGCAACGGACAUGAGUCAACAUUGAUGUCAGUCAGGGCUGUAUCAAAAUAGUCACUUAGGGUUGAAUCAUUGAUUUUGAUAGUCUGAUUUUGGGUCGUGGUCUAUUAAUUUUUGUGACGGGAGAGCGGUGGAGCCGCUGUAUGCUGAGCUGCGCAGGACUACUACGAGACUAGCCGCUAAGGCUCAGCUUAGCCUGGAGGCCCUGGAUACUGGGCUCAGGCCCUCAGAAUGGCUAACAAGCAGCUAAAUAGUAACGUUAGGUUGGAUAUUACCGAUUUAAAAUCUAUUUUAAACAAGUUAAAUAAUUUGUCAAAAAAACGAUGGUUUGACUUUGGUUUGGAGGCUGGCCUUUAUCAGCCAACAUUGUUAGCCAUUGAAGCCGAUUAUCCUAAAGAUGUGAAAAGAUGUUUCCAACAAUGUGUGUCUUAUUGGUUAAAGGGAAGUGAUGGAGUCCAUGAGGAAGGAAAGCCGACAUGGCUGAGACUAAUGGAUAUAUUGACAGCAUUGGGUGAAAAUGAAUUAGUUGACACUAUCAGGAAUCAAGUAUUCCCUCCAAGUUCAUCUGCUGACAUGCACACUAGUGCGCAUUUUGUGCCUUCAAAAUUGAAAAAUGAAUAUUCAGACAUGAAUGACAAAUUUUCUAUCAUUUUGAAUGAUUUUGCUCAAGAAGUUAUUAAAGGAAAUUUACUGGAUGAUUUCAAAGGGUUUUUAUUGGCAAGAUCCAAUCUCUCUGGAGAAAGGAAAUCUGAAAUCACAAAUGUGUGCAACCCUCUUGAUCUAUUACCUUUACUUCGAAAAUAUUUCUUUCUUUACAAUUUUAGACCUAUAAGGUCUUUUGUCAAGAAACAUAAUUUGGUUUGUAACCACACACUCUUGGUUUUUUCUGACGAAAUUGAUGAGUUUUACAGGCAAAUUUUAGCUCAAGAUUUUGCAAAACAGGCCAUUGAAGACUAUAAAAGGGGAUACUGUGGGGAAAUAAUUUUAAAAGUUGUUUGGAAUUUGGAUAUUACACUAAAGGAGUUUCAAGACUUUCUUGCUGAAGCUUUUCACUCUCAUGGCAUGUUAAUAUUACUGAGGGUUGUAUCACAAAAUUGAGAAGUACAAACCAAAGGCUGUUGAUUGAAUUAAUUAUUAAGUGUUUUGUGAUCAAAAAUAUUUAAUUAUUUGUGAAUUGUUUCUGUUGUAUUAUGUUUUAAAUUUUAGUUUUAGUUAUUAGUACUCCUAUAAAGUCUACCAA